AUGAACUCCUCCACAACUCCGGCCGGCGCCGCCGGCGGGCUUCUGCAACUCCCGGCUCUGAACAACACCUUCGGCGCGCUGGUCAUCGGGACGUACGUUGCCUUGAUCCAGUAUGGGUGGAUGCUCUACCAGGGAUAUCACUAUUACAGCUUGUACAACAACGACGUACUGACGCUCAAGCUGCUGGUCGCCCUUGUACUCGCUCUGCAGACGUUCCACACGUUUCUAGGCAUGCAUGCUACCUAUUACUACCUUGUUUCCAACUUUUUCAAUCCGAUUGCGCUUCAAACUGCCGUGUGGUCGAUCAAUUCGAUGGGCGUAACAACAGGUGCUACGAUAUUUCUCUCACAAUUGUUCUUCCUUCGCCGUGUAUAUAAACUUGGGCGGAACUUCAUCCCUAUCGUGAUCCUCGUGGGUUUGCUUCUUCUGUCGGAGCUCGGCUUGGCGAUUGCUGUUACUGUCGACAUUUUCGUCAGCAGCACUCUUCAUAACUCUACCCAAUCGUGGAUGAACUCGGCUGGCGUCGGAAUCUGCUCCCUUGCAGACUCCAUAUUGACUGCCACAACGGACUCGAUCAUCGACGUCCUGACGGUGUACGCGAUCAACACCGGGAUGCUUACUCUCAUCGUCAACACACUCUCCUUCAUUUUGGCUCUGAAAAUGCCGAACAACCUUAUCUACGUCGCUAUCGACUUCAUCGCGACGAAGCUGUACGCAAACACCCUCCUGGCGGUGCUUCUCUCGCGACGAUACCUGGCUGAGCAAACACCCGGCGGCAUCGUCCAGUCGACGUCCAUCGACCUCGGCUCGACCAGGGGCAUGCGCUUCACGUACAAUCACCACAUCAAUGACGACGGUAUCACGGUGGAUGCGAAGAGAGCUGCCACCUCCUCCGAAACCCAUCCGUCCUUCUUCCAGGAUGGUGGCAGCAAGUUCAACCACACCAUGUAG